AUGUGCAGACUUGCAGGUGACAUCGAGCAUACGGGGGGUGUCUCCCCGGACCCUACCCAAGUGCGAGAGCUUCUCCCGACUAAUGUCAUUCCCAGGCACUACGACGUCACGCUGGAGCCGAAUCUGGAGAAGUUCACCUUCGACGGAAGGGUCGUGAUCGACUUUGAUGUGCAGGAGGAGACAAAGUCCAUCUCGUUACACACUCUCGAAAUCGACAUCCUCAGCGCACAAGUCAAAGAUGGGGACAAAGUUGUUACUUCUUCUUCUACCAUCACAUACGAUGAGUCCAUGCAAGCGUCCAAGAUCGAGCUCAAGGAUGUCAUACCAAAGGGUGGCAAGACGACGCUCGAGGUCAAAUUCAAGGGACAGCUAAAUGACCAGAUGGCCGGUUUCUACCGCUCAACCUACAAGAAGGCAGAUGGCACCGAGGGCAUUCUCGCAACCACUCAGAUGGAGGCCAAUGAUUGUCGUAGAGCCUUUCCCUGUUUCGACGAGCCCAUGCACAAGGCCAAGUUCACUGUCACGCUCAUCGCGGACAAGCACCUUACAUGUUUGAGUAACAUGGACGUAGCAUCCGAGGUGGAAAUUAUGUCAGAAAUGAGUGGGAGUUUCAAGAAAGCCGUCAAAUUCAACCCUACUCCGCCCAUGUCUACGUACCUGGUUGCCUGUAUCAUCGGUGAACUCAACUACAUUGAGACGGCCAACUUCCGGGUGCCCGUUCGAGUAUACGCUCCUCCUAGCGCUGACAUUGAGCAUGGCCGCUUUUCCCUUGAGCUUGCUGCCCGCACGUUAGAAUACUACGAAAAGAUAUUCGGCGCGGACUUCCCAUUACCCAAGAUGGACAUGGUCGCCAUUCCCGACUUUGCCGCUGGCGCCAUGGAAAACUGGGGCCUCAUUACCUACCGAGUCGUUGACCUUCUCUACGACGAGAAGACCAGCGGUGCAGCUAUGAAGGAACGGGUGGCUGAGGUUGUUCAGCACGAGCUGGCCCAUCAGUGGUUCGGGAACCUCGUAACCAUGGACUGGUGGGAGGGCUUGUGGCUCAACGAGGGUUUCGCUACCUUAAUGAGUUGGUUGAGCUGCGACUACUUCUACCCCGAGUGGAAGGUCUGGGAAAACUACGUCACGGAUAACCUGCAGAGUGCUCUAGGAUUGGACUCUUUGAGAAGCAGUCACCCCAUUGAAGUUCCAGUGAAGCGCGCCAGCGAAGUAGAUCAGAUCUUCGAUGCUAUCUCGUAUUCAAAGGGGUCUUGCGUCCUUCGUAUGAUCUCUACCUACUUGGGUGAAGAGACCUUCUUGGAUGGUGUCCGACGUUACAUCAAGAAGCAUGCGUACGGAAACACACAAACCCCGGAUCUCUGGGCAGCUCUUGAGGAGGCCAGUGGGAAACCAGUGCGAGAAAUCAUGUCAAUAUGGACCAAGAACGUCGGAUACCCCGUCGUUCAAGUAACUGAAAACGAAAAGGACAAUUCUAUUCACGUCAAGCAGAACCGUUUCCUUCGAACGGGAGACGUCAAGCCUGAAGAGGACAGGGUUAUUUACCCGGUCUUCCUGGGUCUGCGAACCAAGGAUGGGAUUGAUGAGACGAUCACCCUGUCGGAGAGAGAGGGUAACUUCAAGGUUAAUGAUCUGAAUUUCUUCAAGUUGAACGCGAAUCAUACAAGCAUCUACAGAACAUCUUACUCCGCAUCGCGACUUGAGAAGCUUGGCCAGUCCGCCAAGCAGGGCCUGUUGUCCGUUGAAGACCGGGCGGGUAUGAUUGCCGACGCAGGCGCGCUAGCCGCGUCCGGCUACCAAAAGACGUCGGGUGUGCUAAACCUUCUCAAAGGUUUCAACACGGAACAAUCGUUCGUUGUUUGGAGCGAAAUCAUUGCCCGAGUUGCCACAGUGCAGAACGCUUGGAUCUUUGAGGACAAAUCGGUUAGGGACGGCUUGGAGGCAUUUGUAAAGGAGCUUGUCAGUGAUAGGGCGCACCAGCUGGGCUGGGAUUUCACCGACAAAGAUGGCCACAUCGAGCAGCAAUUCAAAGCCAUGAUUUUCGGUGCCGCUGGCAUGGCUGGCGACAAGAAAAUCAUCAACGCUGCAAAGAGUAUGUUUGCCAAGUACAUGGAUGGUGACAAAUCCGCUAUUCACCCCAACAUCAGGGGCAGUGUUUUCAGCAUGGCCUUGAAGUAUGGUGGCAAGGAAGAGUACGAGAAAACUCUUAACUUCUACCGCACGUCCACCAACGGUGAUGAGCGCAACACUGCUCUCCGCUGCCUAGGCCGCGCCCGUGACCCAGCCCUCAUGCAGCAGACGCUUGACCUGAUUCUUUCGGGUGAAGUCAAGAGCCAAGACUUGUACCUCCCGGCCAGUGGCCUGAGGAGUCAUGCUGAGGGCAUCGAGGCGCUGUUCACCUGGCUGAAGGAAAAGUGGCCCGAACUGUCCAAACGUCUUAGUGGUAACAUGGUCAUACUAGGGUCUAUGGUCACCAUAUGUACGAGCAGCUUUGCCAAGCAGGAACAGUUGAAUGAAGUGGAGGCUUUCUUCAAGGAUAUCGAUACCAAGGCUUACUCCCAGCCGCUUGCACAGAGCAAGGAUUCGAUCCGAAGCAAGAUCGCGUGGCUCGAACGCGACAGGGACGACGUUGCUGGCUGGGUUAACGUCAAUGGCUAUUCUAAGCCUCAGUUGUAA